UCUCCACUAGAGGACCUAAUGACGUCAUAACAUCUGCGACUAUUCUUACCACGCGGGGUCUAAUGUGCAGUUGAUGAGGUAAACAAACGGUGCGAGGCUUGUUUGUUACAGAUCAUUGAAGUCCAUCAUUUCCUUUUAUGAUAAGUAUACAUUGCUUGACUUAGGUUUAAUUUGUAAAGCGGCUUUCUAUAGACCAUGCCCCACUACCCCGAUCAUCCUCCGGCGAAAAAAUUCAAGCCGGGGUCUCCUUUUUUUCGUCUCGAUAAGAAGCCUGGGAUGCUGCUACCAAGAAAAGGAAGUGCAUCGGUUCCAAUAGAUAUCCAAAGAAAACACCUCCCGAUAUAUCAGGCAAAGUCUCAACUCAUCAACCAACUUAGACAGCUCCACAAUGCAGUCUUGAUAGGUGAGACGGGUUCUGGGAAGACCACACAGAUACCUCAGUACCUGUUUGAGGCAGGCAUCGGCCGACAGGGCAUUGUCGCUAUCACCCAGCCUCGCCGAGUGGCAGCUAUCUCUCUGGCAGGAAGGGUGGCAGAGGAGAAGAAAACUCAACUUGGGAAGCUGGUCGGUUACACUGUGCGGUUUGAGGAUGUGACGUCCUCUGAGACCAAGCUGAAGUUCAUGACAGAUGGGAUGCUGCUGCGCGAGGCCAUAGGAGACCCGUUGCUGCUGCGCUACACCGUGGUGGUCCUGGACGAGGCCCACGAGCGCACCGUCCACACCGACGUCCUGUUUGGAGUGGUGAAGACGGCGCAGCGCAAACGCAGAGAACAGAACAAGCUGCCACUGAAGGUGAUUGUGAUGUCAGCCACCAUGGAUGUGGACCUGUUCUCCCGGUACUUCAACAAGUCUCCCGUGUUGUACCUAGAGGGCAGGCAGCACCCCAUCCAGAUCUACUACACCAAACAGCCCCAGUCCGACUACCUCCAAGCCGCACUGGUGUCCGUCUUCCAGAUCCAUCAGGAGGCCCCUCCAUCCCACGACAUCCUGGUGUUCAUGACGGGUCAGGAGGAGAUUGAGGCUCUGGCUCGGACCUGUCGAGACAUCGCCAAACACCUGCCUGACAGCUGUGGCCCCAUAACCGUCAUCCCUCUGUACGCCUCGCUGCCCCCCACGCAGCAGCUCCGAGUCUUCCAGCCCGCCCCCAAGGGUUGCAGAAAGAUCAUCCUCUCGACCAACAUCGCCGAGACGUCAGUCACCAUCUCAGGGAUCAAAUACGUCAUAGACACGGGCAUGGUAAAAGCGAAGCGCUUCAAUCCAGAAAGCGGUCUGGAAGUGCUGGCAGUGCAGCGGGUGUCCAAGGCCCAGGCCUGGCAGCGAGCGGGCAGGGCCGGCAGAGAGGACUCGGGGUCCUGCUACCGCCUCUACACCGAGGAGGAGUUUGACAACCUCAUCCCCAUGACCGUGCCUGAGAUCCAGAGGUGUAACUUAGCCAGCGUGGUUCUCCAGCUCAUGGCUCUGGGGAUUCCAGACGUGAUGAAUUUUGACUUCAUGUCCAAGCCGUCCCCCGAGGCCAUGCGUUCUGCGCUGGAGCAGCUGCAGCUGCUAGGAGCCGUGGAGAGGAAAGAGGAGCAGGUGUCCCUCACGGCCCUGGGGAAGAAGAUGGCCAGCUUCCCUCUGGAGCCCCGCUACGCCAAGACUAUCAUGCUGUCUCCAGACUUCUCGUGUUCUGAGGAGGUCCUGACCAUUGUGUCUCUGCUGUCCGUGGAUACGGUGCUCUACAACCCACCUGCCCGACGAGAGGAAGUUCUUGCCGCACGCAGGAAGUUCUCCUCCAGCGAAGGCGACCACAUGACCCUCCUCAGCAUCUACAGAGCCUUCAAAAAAAUGGGCGGAAACAAGGAGUGGUGUCGGGAGAACUUUGUUAACAGCAGGAACAUGGGCCUGGUCGGGGAGGUCCGUGCCCAACUCAGAGAGAUCUGCCUCAAGCUGGGUCUGAAACUGGAGUCGUGCGGGGCAGACACGGGGUCCGUCCGGCGCUGUCUGGCCCAUGGGAUGUUUGUGAACGCUGCAGAACUGCAGCUGGACGGCAGCUACCUAGCCCUGGACACCCACCAGCCUGUGGCCAUCCACCCCUCCUCCGUCCUCUUCCAGGCCAAGCCCGCCUACGUGGUCUUCAACGAGCUGCUGCACACCUCCCGCUGCUACAUGAGAGACCUGUGCCUGGUGGACGCCGAUUGGCUGGUGGAGGCCGCACCUGAGUACUUCCGCCGCAAACUCCGCCCCAUGAAAAGUUAGCCAAUGGGGAGGCACGACUGCAGCCGAGCCACACUUCCUUACCACAAUCUUGUUUUUCACCCAGUGACAGUGCAUGAUGGGGAAAAGUUCCAAAGUUUCCAAAACAUUUUGCUAGAUGAUAUUUACUUACUGCUUGUUUCUAAAGCAGAACAUUUCCAGUUGUGGACAGGUCUGAGAUAGAGAUGUUGUGGGCGUGUCUUCUACCUCCUCUUUAAGAAGAAGCAGGCAUGUACCCAUAGCAGAAACAUCCUUUUCAUCUAGUUCGCCAGGAAUAUUAAUCCGACAUGGAACAGAAAUGUUGCUUCUUCUUGGCUUGGUAUUUCUUGUGCCUGCAACCAUUUGCCUCAACCUGGAAAGUAGAUUCUGGCCAAUGUUCUAGUGCUCACGUUCAGUCAUAGAUAUUACAUUUAGCAUGUUCCAUUGCAGCACACAACAAUCAAGAAGGGACCUGAUGAGGUCUUGAAUACCCUCAUAUUGAGCAAAGAAAGAUGCACCAGUGAUUCUGAAAACAGCAUCAUCUGCUGAUUUGUUUGCAGAAGAGUUACACAGCUUUUUGAAGGGUAUAAAUACACAUGUAAUGUAUUCAAUCUUACAUUUAAUGCCUGCACUUUCAACACCAAUGCAUGCUUUGUAGCUAAAGCUACAAAACAGGAGACAAGUUCACGAGAUUGAAUAUUGAAUUUUUCUGUAUACAAGUCACUUCAU